AUGCGUCCUUCCGUCGUGGCCGUAGCCAUCUUACUCAAAUCUGUCUUGUCGCACCCCAAUGCCAAGAACUUUAUCUACAUCGUGCCCGAUGGAUACGGUCCCGCCUCUCAGACGAUGGCACGAGACUACGUCUCAUUGCUUGAGAAUGGCCAAAACCCAAGAGCACCUGUGAGCUUUCAGCUUGCGGCUGAUAAGAUGGUCCUCGGCAACGUGCGUACUUUAUCAAGCGACAACCUUAUCACGGACUCUGCCGCCUCUGGAACCGCAUUUGCCUGCGGUGUAAAGUCUUACAAUAAUGCCAUCGGUGUCAACCCUGCCGGCGAGCCCGUCGGUUCUAUACUUGAGGCUGCCAAGCUCGCAGGCAUGAAGACGGGCCUAGUCGUCACCAGCACCAUCAACCACGCCACCCCUGCGUGCUAUGCGGCUCAUGUUGCCGACCGUAACUCCUACGCCAAGAUCGCGGCGCACGAGAUUGGCUACGGGCAUCCUCUCGGCCCCGUCGCCGACAUUCUCCUAGGGGGUGGCCGAUGCUACUUCAAGCCAGAGUCCGACUCAACCUCUUGCCGGAGCGACAGGAUUGAUCUCUUUGGCUUCGCUGAGAAGAACGGCUAUUAUGUCAUGCAAGACCGCUCGGCCUUUGAUGCUCUCGACAAGGGCCUCGGCGACAUUCGCCUUCCCUACAUUGGUCUCUUCAAUGAUGACCAGAUGAUGUAUGAAAUUGACCGCUCCCGUCAACCUGAUCAGGAGCCCUCCCUCCUGGAAAUGGUGGAGACGGCCCUGAACUCACUUCACCGCGACACACACUGCAAAGAAGAGGGCUACUUCCUCAUGAUCGAAGCCUCGCGCAUCGACCACGCAGGCCACGCCAACGACCCCGCCGCUCACCUCUUUGACACCAUCCACUAUAACAAGGUCAUGGGCUUCGUUCGGGAGUGGAUCGAUGAGCACCCGGACACCAUGCUCAUGUCCGCAGCUGACCAUGAGUGUGGCGGAUUGACUCUCAACGGCUUCAAUCCUCUACCUUUGGCAAAGGUAAACGCCUCAACGGAGUUUCUCAUGGAGAUCUGGGAUGAUUACACCGGCUCUGACAAGAAGGCAUUCCUUGUGAGCGAUAUUUUGCCUCAAUACGGGCUUUCAGAGGUUACGGACGCCGAGGUGAACACUCUCAUCGCUGCCGGCUCGCUGAGCUCGGAGCUGGGUAACUUGCUGGCUAGCCGUGCUGGUGUUCAUUGGUCCACAGGAGGUCACACCGCCUCCGACAUCACGCUAUACGGAUACGGUGCCGGUGAAAAUGGUUAUGCUAUCAAAGGUGAUAUGGCUGGUAACUGGGACAAUACUGAGUUGCCAAAGUACAUUGAAAAGGUUCUUGGUGUUGACAUGGGCAAAGUUACAGCACUGCUGAGGGCUAAUGGCACUGACUGGGUUGGGAAGCGGAUUGUGAGCCAACGGUCUGAAGAGCAUAUCCAUGGACACGGUCAUUCUCACUAG